GGCUAACUGCACCCGUUACAUUCCCCGUGGCAAUGAAGGUUUAGGUUAGUUUUGGGCAGAAGAGUUCUGUUGAGUUUAGAAGGCGAAUGGUGGUCGGCGGCGGCGACGGCGGCGGCGGUUUCAAAACCACCCCUGUGCCGCCUAAAGCUAUUGUCUUCUUGAACCAAUGGUGGCUUGUGAAGCAACGCAACGGUUUAGCCGUUGGAGGGGUUGCUUCCGUCGGGAGAGACAGAGAAAGAGUGUUUAUGUCCACCGUCAUUGCGGAGAGAGAAGAAGCCAAUGUCGUACAUACUCAAGAUGACACCACUAUUGUUUUCCGUGGUUUCGUCGACACCUCUCGUUCAUCUCAGAGUGGCGUCCCCUUAGAGGUUUCUCAACACUUCCUGGUUGGAUUUCCAUACAAUUGGAGCACGUAUUCUUCAAUUGAUAACAUAGAAUACGAAUCUAACAAUAGUGAAAAAGGAAUCCCAGUUGAAAGCCAAGCCAAUGGUAAAUCUUCGAUCGGUAUGUAUGAUUCCACAGGUCCUUCUGAAAAAAACAUCGUUAGAACUCAAACUUCGGCCAAGAAAAAGAAAGCUGUUAGAAAAAAUAUAGGGUUGGAUGCAAGUAGGACGGUAACGAGAAGCAUUUCCAAAAAUAGUCAAUCAAUGCCCAAAGAAGACGGGAAAGAUCCAAUAGCCAAUGUUUUUUCUCAAGUUAGGAGAUCUCCCAGGCUAAAUAGUUGUAAAUAAUUAUCUCUCAUACUGAAUUAGUGUUUGAUAGUGAAACUGUGAACAUAGUUUGCUAUAUUAUGCUUGAAAUAAGAAGUGUGUAUUAUUGACGUGAAGGUUUCUAUGCAUUAUAUUUCAUUCCAUUUUCA